GAGAGACAGAAAAGCACCAUGGUUGAAUUCAGAUGGAUUCAAAUGUCCGUGUUUCUGAUGCUGUUGCUCCAGAUUACAGCAGUAACUGGACAAAUUGUCCCCAUGGUCAGAGACGGAGAAGACGUCACUUUGCCUUGUAAGAAUGUGGCAGAUGAUCAGGGUGAAUGUGGCCGUAUCACCUGGACAUUCACUGGUUCAACAACCUCAGAUCCAGUAGAACUGAUUUUACAUGGAAGGAUCAGUGAGAAGGUCAAAGACAGAAUGAAUCUCACAGAGAAAUGUUCUCUGCUUAUAAAGAAGGUCACAGCUGGAGAUGGUGGUCAAUACAACUGUCAGUCAAGAUCAGGCCAAAGUCAGAAAUAUCUGUUUGUUAUUGACAUGACUGAACAUGAGGACGGUGAUAAGGUGACGUUGAGCUGCUCUGUGUCGAUGUAUAAUGGGUGCAUACACACUGUGAAGUGGCUGUUUGAGGACAAACAUGUGGAUAAUGAUACAGUAAAAAUCACAACAUCACAGUCUGUGUGCUCAGCCACUGUGACUUUUCAUUCUUCUCUUAUUGAAAAGUCAAAGUAUCCUGAGUUAUUCAAGUGUGAAGUGUUUGAUUUCACUGGAAACAUUCAGCAGUUUCCCUUCAUCCCUCGGUCCUCAGGUGAAGGUGACAAAGAGAAAACAACCAAAACCACAACAGCAAAACCAGCAACUGAAGCAAAACCAGCAACUGAAGCAAAACCAGCAACUGAAGCAAAACCAGCAACUGAAGCAAAACCAGCAACUGAAGCAAAACCAGCAACUGAAGCAAAACCAGCAACUGAAGCAAAACCAGCAACUGAAGCAAAACCAGCAACUGAAGCAAAACCAGCAACUGAAGCAAAACCAGCAACUGAAGCAAAACCAGCAACUGAAGCAAAACCAGCAACUGAAGCAAAACCAGCAACUGAAGCAAAACCAGCAACUGAAGCAAAACCAGCAACUGAAACAAAACCAGCAACUGAAACAAAACCAGCAACUGAAGCAAAACCAGCAACUGAAGCAAAACCAGCAACUGAAGCAAAACCAGCAACUGGAACAAAACCAGCAACUGAAACAAAAUCACCAACUGAAGCAACAACUGAAACUAAUGCAACACCAACAGGUUUGUGGGCGUUCAUUGUUGUACCUGUGGUUUUGGCAGCAGUGAUUGUUGUUGUGCUCAUCAGACAGAAGAGAACUAAAGGGAAGAAAACGCAGGUGGAUCCAGACACUGCUGAUCCUGAAGAUGGUGUUUCCUACGCCUCCAUCAGCUUCAACAAGAAGACCAAGAGUAAAGCCCGGGUUCAACAUAAUGACGGUGAUGAUGAUGAAGAUGAUGCAUUGACCUACACCAUGGUCAGAGUUCCCUCUACGCCACCGUAA